UCAGCGUCUCCCCGCUCGGCAGGCCGGCGACGCGACCCCACGCCCAUGGCGUCCGCCCCCGCGGAGGAUGCGGCGCGCGGGCGGCGGGAACGGCGCAGGCGGCUGGACGCGCGGCGUAGCAAGUGCCGCAUCCGCCUGGGCGGACACAUGGAGCGCUGGCGCCGGCUCAAGGAGCGGCUGGGCUUCGCGCUGCACUCGCAGCUCGCCAAGUUCCUGCUGGACCGGUCGGAGGGCGGAGGGGUCCACUGGGCAGGGGCUGGAGCCGAGGGGGCGCGGGAGGGCUCCUGCGGGUGGGCUGCAGGGCGGCCGGGCCCUAAGUGUGGGCGUCCCCUGGGCGGAGGGCUACUCAGCCCGCGACCUCACCUGCCUGUCGCCCUGCAGGUACUUGUCCUCCGGCUGCGCCUUCUGCGGAGACCCGGAAUCUCUGCCCCCCAAGGCUCUGCACUGCCUGGUGCUCCUCUGCCACGCUCACAGCCGCGAGUGCGACUUGGCGCCCGAGCUCCGGGGGCCUGCAGGCCGCGGCGCGCUGGUGUGGGAGUGCUCCGCGGGCCACAGCUUCUCCUGGGAGCCCCCCCUGAGCUCUGAGCCUGCAGGGAGGGCUCCCAAGCAGGGCCAGAGGCGUGGGCAGGAGCCUGCAGGUCUGGAACCCGAGCAUGACGAGGGCACUCCGGAAGCAGGGCCGCCCAGGGGUGCAGGCUCCCCACUGGAGCCCGUCCCACCCCCAGGAGAGGAAGAGGAUGAGAACGAGGAGGAGAUGCUGAGCGAUGCCAGCCCGUGGACCUAUAGCUCGUCCCCAGAUGACGAGCCAGAUGUGCCCAGGCCACCCACGCCCCCUGCCACCUGCACACCUGAGGAGGGGGAGACACCAGCAGUCCCCACUCCUGCUGCUGAUCCGUGCCCAUCAGCGUCCCCACUGGGUCCCGGGCCAAUGACUGCAGAAGCUGAGGUCCAGCUGGAGCUCAGGGAGAACCCUCAGGCCGAGCCCCUGGCCAGCCCAGGGAGUCAGGCCCUGGCCCAGGAUGAAGAUGCAGCACAGAUUGGGCCCAAGAGAAUCCGGAGAGCUGCCAAGAGAGAGCUGAUGCCCUGUGACUUCCCUGGCUGCGGCCGGAUCUUCUCCAACCGGCAGUAUUUGAAUCACCACCAGAAGUACCAGCACAUCCACCAGAAGUCCUUCUGCUGCCCGGAGCCGGCCUGCGGGAAGUCCUUCAACUUCAAGAAGCACCUGAAGGAGCACGUGAAGCUCCAUAGCGACGCCAGGGACUACAUCUGCGAGUUCUGUGCGCGCUCUUUCCGCACCAGCAGCAACCUGGUCAUCCAUAGGCGCAUCCACACCGGGGAGAAGCCGCUGCAACCGGGCUCCCUCUUCCCGCCCGCCGGCCCCAGGUGUGAGAUUUGCGGCUUCACCUGCCGCCAGAAGGCCUCCCUCAACUGGCACCGCCGCAAGCACGCGGAGACAGCGGCGGCCCUGCGCUUCCCCUGCGAGUUCUGCGGCAAGCGCUUCGAGAAGCCGGACAGCGUGGCGGCUCACCGCACCAAAAGCCACCCGGCCCCGGCCCCCGCCCCGCAGGAGUCCCCGGGCCCCGCCCCGCCCUGCGCGGCCUCUGCCUCCGAAGCCCCUGGGUCCUCCCCUCCCUCGAAGACCGUGGCCCCGCUCCCUGAGCACAGAGUUCGGCCCAGGGAGAGUCAGGCGCGCGGGGCCCCAGGACCGGGCGCAGGGAGCCAGGCCGGGGCGAGACUGGCCCUGGAGAGCGGGUCGGCCUCGGCUUCCUAAGGACGGAAUAAACGGUACCCUAGAGCGCGCCAGCGGACAGGCCCGCACUUCUGGACUCGCCAAAGCCGACUGGUGCAUGUGCUAGCUGCAGCGGGUGGCUCUUAGGGCUUUCUUUCGUUCUUGGCGCUUCCCUGUCCUGCCCUGGGCAGUGUGGCCCCUGCCCUCGCACUGUCACCCCGGCGGGUUACACUGGGCACUGGCCAGGUCAGGGUAAGGCUUGUGACCGUGGCCCGUCAUGCAUUCGCGUUGCGGGCCCGGGAGACUGGCCUUCCCCGCAGCAGGGAGGGCCUGGCCCUCGAGGUGCUGCGGCCUUCCGGAGCCCCUGGGACUGAUCCCUCCAGAGUGCGAAGGGCAGCCCUCCAGAGCCCUGGCAGACGCCUCAUUAACCAGCCGUUAGCACUGGCUUGUGGACACAGGGCCUUGACCCCAGCCUGGGUGGACGUCCUUCACGCAGACGGAGUGGGAUUAAUAGGCAGAACUAGGGCAGGAAGGCGGCGGGGCCGGAAGGGUGACUGGCGCAGUCUGUGAUCGUUACCGACAGGCCGAGGACAGGAGGCAGCCCCCGGGCCCUGGGAGGCAGUGGGGCAGCGACGGGCCAUGGCAGAGCAUGCGCGCACACACACACACGGGUCUCUGCGGCCGGGCUCCAGGCAAGCUCAGAGGCGACACCCAGGCCUGGUGGUUGCAGGUGCAGGUCACACGUGAGCGUCCCCAGUGCUCAGGGCCAGGGCACAUCCUUCACCUUCAGGCCUGGAAGGAGGCGGUGGCAGGGAGGAGCGGAGCCAGACACAGGCCUGCACCUCCAGGCUCUGCCGCUCGCCGGGCAUGUACCCCGCGCCCUUGGGAGGGCAUGGGCCUCGGGGCCCAGUGGCUGCGCUGUGGAGACGCGGGAACAAUCCCGUCCCCGAGAGCCACAGGACUGUGUAGGACGCCCACGGGCAGAGCAGGCCACUCCCCUCCGGGAGAGCCCCUGUGGUGUGGGUGCUGGGCACAGCACCGAUGCGCAGCACCCAGACACAGGGCAGUGGAUGCGGCUGCGCCCUGGGCAGCAUGACAGAUACCUCCCGAAGCGCACCUUGGGCUUGAUAGCACCCGAUAAGCUCCCCAUGCGUGGUCCCUGCUGGAGAAAGCAGCUGUGGAUCCAGGGAGAGCGAGGAGGGAGCGAGUCCAACUCAGGACAGCAAGGGUGGCAGUGGCCCCUGAGCGGUGCUCUCGCCUUUCCAGGAGAGCUGGGGGCAGAGGGGUGCCCUGUCUCAUCUCAGGGUGUCCGAGGGGUUUGUUCACUGCCCCAGCCAGGUCUGACCGGCACUUUGUGGACCUGGGCUGCACGGUGGGCCACUUUGUCUCCCAUGGUGCCCAGUCCUCGAAGCUCCUUCCGGCUGGAGCUGGCCUUGUCCCCCAGGCCUGAGCCCUCCAGUCUGAGCACAAGUGGGCUCCUCACUGGCUGCCUGCCCUAUGCUUCCUGAGGCCCACGGACUGCUGUCCUCUCUUCAACACGGCCCUGGGGCACCUGUCCAGUCAGGGCAGUCGGCAGGCACUGUCUCGCAGUGAAUGAAGUUCACUGCCCUCGAAGAUCAGUGCAGGGAGCGCAGAGGAUGCGUGUGGAUGGGCCGUGUGGACGGAGCUCUGAGGCAGGCAGACCUGCAGAUGCACUGGGCCCUGCGGGGUGAAGCAGAGAGAGGCCCUGGGAAUCAGAACUGGGCAGGAGUGCUGCAAGGGCGAAAGAAGUUUCCGCGCGAAGGUUUUUUGGUUUUGUUUUUUUUUUUUUGCGGGGGUGGUAUUUUCAAACAUAAAAAUCCAGCAAGAGUGGUGUCAGGUCACGCACUGCUUUCCCACUCCUGCUUCAUCUGUGAUGCCACUCUGCCUUCUCAUUUGUUUCUUAUUUUUUUUAACUUUUUUUUUUUGGUACAGGGGAUCGAACUCAGGACCUUGAGCUUUUGAGGCAGGUGCGAUGCUGAACUAAAUCCCUGGCCCUUUGUUUUGAGACAGGGUCUCAGUGUAGUCCAGGCUGGCCUUGAACUCGUGGAGAUUCUCCUGCCUCAACCUCCUGAGCUCUGGGAUUACAGGGGUACACCACUACACACGGCUGCUCUCCUCUUUCAGGUGUGGCUCUGCAAUAUUUUAAGCCCCAGACAUUGUACUCAAAGAUGACACUUUUUUUUUUUAAUCUUUUUUUUCCCAUUAAGGCUAUUGGUCCAUUUUUGGUAUAAAAUACAGUUACAUUCAUCAUUGGGAUCUUGUACCAUUA